AUGGAACUGUUUUACUUUGACCAAAUCGAAACGAGAGGCGAGUUUACCAGCAUCAGCAGCGGUGGCUCGGAGUGCGCGCAUCCCGGCGGAGGAGUGGGGAAGUCGGUUUUGGCUCCCAGCGCGCACCGGGGACCCCAAACAGAGACAUGUUUUGUGUGCCAACAGCAGCAGCAAAAAUACGAGGAUGGAGCUGAUGAUGUGGAACUUAUUGGCACGUGUCCAGAGACGUGCAGAUUAAGUGAAACUACGUCCAGCGAGUAUUACUUUGAGGAGGAAGACGCGUCGCAAGAGGACAUACCGGAACUUUAUCUAUUAUCUGACGACGAUCUGAACUCCGAUGUCAAAUCUGUGGACUACGGCUUCAUUAUCGCGGUCACGUGUUUAUUGACAGGCAUCUCUUUAGUGGCUCUUUCUUACACCAUCCCUCGCGAUGUGAGGGUGGACCCCGACAGCGUGUCCGCGAGGGAGAUGGAGCGACUGGAGCGCGAGAAAGCCCGAGUUGGAGCGCAUUUGGACCGGUGCGUAAUUGCCGGAUUGUGCCUGCUGACACUAGGGGGCGUGCUUCUGUCCACUCUGCUCAUGAUCUCUAUGUACAAAGGCGAGAUGAUGAGGAGGAGAGCGUUCGCGUAUUCCAAGCACGCGGCCAAGUUGUACGGCUCCAUCAGUUUCAAAGCAGACUCCAGUCCCACGCGGGAGUCACGGUUAGAGGAGGAUUUGGACGCGCUUAGCUGA